UUGUUCUUUCUUUCUCUUUUAUUUUUCAGUAUCUCUCUCUAAAACAAAACAGAAAAACCAGAGAGUGAAAUCUAGGGUUUGUUUUUUUAAUUUUUUCUUGACAAAUUGUAGGUUUAAUCUUAUUAUUAAGGCAAGAUUAGAAUUUGAAAAGAAUUGAAUAAGACAAAAUAAUCUCGGGAUCUAGAGUGGAUCUUAAAAUAACAAUCGAUUAAAGAAAGGAUGAGCUCGGAAUCGAAUGCAGGGCAUGGGAAUCUUGACGAACAGAUUAGUCAGCUCAUGCAGUGCAAACCUUUGUCUGAGCAAGAGGUAAGGGCAUUGUGUGACAAGGCUAAGGAGAUUUUGAUGGAAGAAAGCAAUGUUCAGCCUGUUAAAAGCCCUGUUACAAUCUGUGGUGAUAUCCAUGGUCAAUUCCAUGAUCUUGCUGAACUUUUUCGAAUUGGAGGAAAGUGUCCAGAUACAAAUUACUUGUUCAUGGGAGAUUAUGUUGACCGUGGCUAUUACUCAGUUGAAACCGUAACUCUUUUAGUAGCAUUGAAGGUACGCUAUUCUCAACGUAUUACUAUCCUUAGGGGAAACCACGAAAGUCGUCAGAUUACACAAGUUUAUGGGUUUUAUGAUGAGUGCCUACGCAAGUAUGGCAAUGCUAACGUUUGGAAGAUCUUUACAGAUUUAUUUGACUAUUUUCCACUGACAGCAUUGGUUGAAUCAGAAAUAUUUUGUCUCCAUGGUGGAUUAUCCCCUUCCAUUGAGACUUUGGAUAACAUUCGUAACUUUGAUCGUGUUCAAGAAGUUCCUCACGAGGGUCCCAUGUGUGAUCUUUUAUGGUCCGACCCGGAUGAUCGCUGUGGUUGGGGCAUCUCACCAAGAGGUGCUGGAUAUACCUUUGGCCAGGAUAUAUCCGAGCAAUUUAAUCAUACAAACAACUUGAAGCUGAUUGCUAGAGCUCACCAGCUGGUUAUGGAAGGAUAUAACUGGGGACAUGAGCAAAAGGUUGUUACCAUUUUUAGUGCGCCUAAUUAUUGUUACCGGUGUGGAAACAUGGCAUCCAUAUUGGAGGUUGAUGACUGCAAGGGACACACGUUUAUUCAGUUUGAGCCUGCUCCUAGGAGGGGAGAGCCAGAUGUGACUCGAAGAACACCUGACUACUUCCUGUGAUUCAAGUCGGAUGAGAGUUAGUGAAUCCCCCUGGCCAAAGCCGUAUAGCUGGUUUACUUUUUAAGGGCUAUUGCAAAUUUAAGAUUACAACCCGGCUCUAUGGUGCUGGUGGGUUGGGUGGCGAAAAGCAUGUAUAUGGGCAGGCGAGGCUUCCUUGAUUUGAUUAUUUUCUUGAUAUCUGCCAAAAAAGGAUGCAGCAAAGCUGGCGAUGCAAUUGCUGCAUAUGUAUCAUUUCCAGCAAACAAUUUGGCAUCCCAUUCCUCAUAUUUUUUUUUUCUUUUUUUCCCUUUUCUGUAGAAGGAAUGGUUGUUUGGGUCUGGGGAUAUGUAGAAGAGACAAUGACUUGACUUACAAUGGGUGAUUUUUCUUUAUUUUUCCCCUCAA